AACACUUGCCGUGUUUAGUUCGAGAGUAAAGCGAAGUGUGUAGUGUGUGUUGAUUCCGUGUAAUUGUGUCAGUUUUGAGGUUAGUUCGUGACGAUGGUGCGAACGCAUCGGGCCAUGGGGGCACUGAGGUGAUCGCGCGGGGUGGAUGAGAUGAGCGGGGCUUUGCCCCCCGUGCCCGACCUCAUCCCCAUCGCGCUGCUGAAGAGCCCCCGGGCGCGCCGGGAGUGUGCCCCUUGCGAGGUUAUGGGCGAGCAGCGCUCACGGCGGCCGGGGCGCCAAGCUUGCGAGCUGAUCGAUACGGCGCAGUCACGUGGCCCCAGCGCCGCCCCACAGCCGCCGCAGUCCCGGAAAGCGAGGUCCCGCCGUAAAUCAGAUAGACGCCGCGAGCACCGCCGAACCACCAGCACUCGGUCGCGCAGCAAGCACAGCCCCCACGCCUCGACGCCGCCAUCGUCGCCGGAGAGGCCGCCGCGAGUCAACCCCAUCUUCGUGUGGGUCCGACAGGAAGACACCCGCAUCGUGGACGUGAAAUGCGAGGACUACGACAAGCGAAACCGCAUCCUCUUGACCAAGACGGCCCAGGGCUGGCGUGCCAUCCCCCGCACCGAGACCCUCGCACCCGCUCUGAAGGAGGCUAGCCGCCACCACCAUAGGCGCAAGUCGCGCAAGAAGGUCCGGAGGCGGUCCGCCGCCGUGCAGGUGGACGACUUCCAGGACGACGAUCGACCGCUCUCGCCCACCUGGAGCUCCCCGGUCAACGUCGAGUCCCAUCUGCCGUCCCACAAAAUUCACGUCCCCAAUAAGUGUCCGAGCCCCCCGACUGUAAACACUACAAAUGACAGUGCGCACGCUCCGGAAAAGUGCAGUGAUAAAAUAUGUGACGUCAGCCCCUUGGAUAAUCUUCUCGCCGUCGCCGAAUUCGAGUUCAACCAACACAUGCAAUCCGGAGAAUGGAACAAAGACAACAACCAUGACAUCGACGAACAAAAAGACUUCAUUAACAACAUUAUUGAAUCUUGUUCAAAAACACCCUCAAAACAGGACUUUGACGACCAACCCAAAACAGAAGAAUGUGACUACACAGAAGACGACGACAAUAAUUUAGCGAUGGACGACAUCCUCACCAGAUUAGAGCAAUCCCUUCGAAGUCCAGAAUGUCCCGAAAUCGCUGAAGCUCUAUCAAACUACGAGACCAAAAUUGAUAACAUCAAACAAGCUGAGUGUUUCUCGAGUGAUAUCAAUGAAAAUAAUUACAAAUCUGUACCUGAUGAAUUAGAAAAUUUCCUCGAAGAAACCAAAUCUGAACAAAACCAACCACCAUCCAAACCUCCAGAAGAACCGCAACCAUCUGAAGAUAUUGUCGAAUCUUCAACCCCAACUGAAGACGAACCAACAGACUUAUCCCUGAAACCAAAAUACGACAACAGUAAUGAAUGCAAUAACGUCUCAGACGAGCAACCCACCGAUUUGACAGUCCCAAAGAAUUCAUCACCGGUUCGAUCGUCAACACCUCGACCACCCUCGCAGAAUUCCGAAGCUAUUCAGUCACCCCAACCAAGCGGAAUCCCAGCAGUGCCACCCUCCCCUGACAUUGUCUCUACCAGUGCCAAUUGCAAGAGUAAAUCAGUGUUCCUCGAAUCUCUUCUAACAACGUCAUCACAAAAAAUCGCUCUCAAUUCAGAAGUGACCAUAAUUAAACAAAAAGAACCACUCGAUUUAGGAAAAUGUCGAAAAUCAGCAAGUCCAACUGUCACUUGUUCCGAAGAAGUUAAAAACAGAACAGACGAAUCCGAACCUCCGAAUAAAAAAUUCAAAUCUGAUGAUAUCACCUUGAAGAAUCUACUAGAUAUUGAACUGGCUAAAGCCGAAGAAAGUAAAACAACCGAAAAAACGAAUGUUCCAGAAACCCCAAGAUUACUCGAGUUGUUAAAGACUGAUUCAGGGCCUGAUCCUUUAACACAGUUAAGACAGAUACUCUACGACACUAAUUUAAAUGUUCCUGAUCCAAUGUUGGUACCUAAGGAGAGAUUGAGUCAGAUUAUUUCGAACCCAGGUCGCGAAAUUCCGAGAUUACUCAAGCAAAGACCGGAAUUAAGAUUACCGGAAGCUUUAGCCUUUCCGCAUCUUCUACAAGAUCCAGACAUUUUGGUUAUUACUUUACAACAAUUGGAAACGAUAAUACUCAAGCAGAACCAAUCGUUUAAUCUGAAAGAUUUAAAAAGUGCGAGUGAGAAAAAUGCGGAAAAAGUCACAAGUAAAAAGCUUGAGAAAACCAUGGAAGUCAAGGAAAGUCAGCCAAAGAAGAAGAGUUUGGAUGAAUCUGUAAACAAGUUGUUGAGUACGGUGCAAGAAUCUCAGCCUAAGAGUGCUUUCAACGAACUUGCCAGCGAUAUCGACGCGGCCACGACUGCAGCUUUCAAUCAAAUGAUUUGGUUGCCUUACCUGAAUCAACUGGAAGCCAUGUCGUUUGGAAACAACCCGGAAGUGAUGAAGAUGUUGUCGAAUUCGCUUCCUAUGUAUCCGGGCCAAGUCCCGGAUUUGAAUCAUCUAAUUGGUGCGAAUAGAUUUCCACCUCCGGUGAAUUUUCCGAUGCAACAACCCCAGAUGAACUACAACUCUCUGGAACUGUCUAUGUGGCAAGAAGCCAUGAUGCAAGCCAACAUGUUGCGACCUAAAAUCCCUUUCGAGGGAAUAAACCAGAAAAAUUCGUUCAGGGAUUACCUGGACAAGCUAAACUUCGCUGCAUCAGCGAAACCCCACUUAAGCAACCCCAAGCCAUCAAGCAAGACUCUCCCCAACAAUUUCUACCCUCCAGGAAACAACACACCGUUCCAGAACUCGUUCUUGAACAUCCCCAAUUCAUACCAAUCAAGCAAACAGAAUUUGCAGAUACCACACUACCCCCUCUUCGGUCAGAAAAACCUGGUUAACCAACAGAAGCCGCCCUCACAUUCGUAUUUACACAAGCAAAAGUUCGAAUCAAAAUCGAGCAACUUUCCGAAUUUCUAUCAUCAAAAAAGUGACGACAGGAAACAGGAACACAAACAGAAAGUUUCAUGCAAGUCGUUUGCCACCAUGUAUCAGAAGGAAAAGUCUUCUGCUGACUUCUCCAAACAUCACACACAGCCUAUUGAUCUUUCUGGUUCAACGGCACCGGCAAGUAAACUGAAGGUUAAACAGCAUCUGAUCGAUCCAACGAACGCUUCCAAGUUGUUAAAGUAUGACGACGUCCCCGAAGUUGGCAGCACGACGGCCAGUGUCGAAGAAAUGCAAGACGCACACAAGCAUCUCUGGCAUCCGCUUUUCGGGAAUCAGAAGGGUUACCACAGCCCUUGGAAUUGGACAACCGUGACCGCAACCGGAGAAUAACAUCGGCUUCAACCUCCACCAACAUGGAGGUCAUCUUCGUACCAAAGCGUCAAUAACGAUGCUGCCUUCACAGGGUUCGACUUUGACUAUUUUUCCAAAUAGGUUUGUUUCAAUCUCUUUCUUAUUUACUUUACCGUGAUGUGAACCAACAAAUUGCUAGACGUUUACUCAAAAAACAAUAACAAUCCAUUCGCACCUAAAUCAACGUACGUGCGAUUAAUAAUUCAUUUUCAUCGAUGAUUAGAAUUUGUAAUUUUACUACUUUGCAUUUACAUACAAUUUUCGAACGCUGCGACAUUUCCAUUUCAGAUUUGACGGUAAAAGGGCGCUGCCUAUUCGAAAUUAAAGCGAAACUUUACUACUGUAAUAUUUUCAAAAUGACAUGGGACGCCCGCAUCUGAUUCCUCAAUUGAUUAUGACCACUUUAAAAUUAGUUGGUGUAUAAUUAGUUUUGAAACGCUUGGUACCCUCAUGACUGAUAAGAAAACUUGUUAUUUUUAAUUUGUCUCAUUUUUUUCGCCUGGUUAGAUAAAAACCUCAAAUUUUAUCUUCAAAUUCUUGGUUGUUUGUUUAGUUACCUGAGCUGGUGUGUAAAGCCCUCAAAUAAAAUUAAUUCAGUUGAUGGUAUGUGACAAAUCCGGCUCCUUGGAGGUGAAUAGUAAGCCGCCCACUGAAUGUACAUUUUCUAUUAGCGUCAACUUCCUGCUGAAGACAACGGUGUUUCGAAAAUAAACACCUAGUGAAGUGUUAAUAACAAAUUAGCAUUUGAAAUAGUUGCUUUUUUGUGCAUAAAGGGAAGCAGGCUGUAAAUUGAAUGGUUGCAAUGUUCGUUUAAAUUUAGAACCUCCGCUUUCAGUCGAGGUGAACUCAUGACCCUGCUAGCUUCCAUCCGUUUCAAACUCUGCAUGGCUGCGGUAUUGAUUUUACUCGGUCGAUGUCUCCCUGACUGUUUCAGGAAAGUGCGUUUGCAGGGCUCGAUAAAUGUUUUAAUGAACUCGUCUUUAUUCACCUCGAAAAUUCCGGAUUGUUGUGGUUUCGCUGUUUGCUCCAAUUCGGGGAAUUCACCGUGUCAAUGGAGCACUUGGGACUUCUUUCGCGAAUUCAAAACGCCAAUUUUACCACAAUAAAUGGUUUGGGGUUGAAUUUCAGCAGAUGCUUACGACCCAAAGAUUUUACGAAUUUCGCACCCAGAAUCAAUGAUUUUAAAAUAUUUAGAAAGCAUAAAGACACCAUUAUUUAUCUUUUUUGAUUGCAUUUACCUCCGUGAAAUAUUCGUUGAGGAGAAAGUGGGAAGAUGAAUAAAACCAUAUGUUAAUAAAGAGUGACACUUUAAGACAGUGUAAACCCCCAUUAGAGAAAAUGAAAUAUGAUCUAUUGUAUUUUCUCAUUGGACCUACCCAGUGUAUAACAACCAUACACAAAAAAUAAAUUAUCGUUUCUGUCUCAAAAAAAGGUAUUUUCGGUAACGUGUAAAAGCACUUAAAAUAAACUAAGAAAAUUAAGAAUUUGACUUGUUGAUGUGAUUUUUGACAAAUUAUUACUUUAUCACGAAAUUCCGGAAAACAGCGCGACGUUGAUCGAACAGCAAAUUUCUUUAUGCAAAUCUGGUAACAAAGUCGUCCAAGCUUGAUGAAUUGAUUAGAAGAACAGCGUACUUUAUCAAGUUAGGCACACAAAUCCUUCAAAUUUUGCAUCAAAAACAGUGAUUUCUGGUAAAGGUAAUUUAACUUAAAUUUCAACGAUACUAUCGAAAAAAUAUAAAUAAUUGGCGAAAAGCAAAUAUGUUAUUUAUGUUUUCACCCAUUUUAGAAUUUCAUUCUCUUUUGUUCUAUAUCAAAUAUUGCUAAUUGCCAUAAUUAUGGUAAUUGCAUAAAUUGUGUAUAUUUUUUUUUAAUAUGGCAGAGUAAUUGUCAAUGUUAAUUAAUGAACAAAAAGAAACUACGACAGUUUUUUGAAUGACUUAAAAAUGCAAAUUGAUUGUAACAUUAGAUUAGAUCUUGAUUCUAAAUUGGAUAUUAUGCCAACUAUAAUUAAUGUUAUCGAUUUGUUUGUAAUAAAAAUAUUAAAAAAGCAUUCUAGUGGUAUUUUACAACCUAAAUGAAGUGUUCAAUUGUGUCAACAAACUGUACUUUCGUCGUAUAAUUAAUGGGAUUUGGUGGCGAUGGGUGGUACUUAAAAAACGAGGACAAGUGUUUAGUUACUUCUUGCUUUGUAAAUGAUUUAUCUUUUUUAUCGAUUCUGAAAUAAAUUUUAUGAACUUAUUACAAUUAUUAAAAUCAUAUAUUGUAAAAUUGAACCACAUAAUAAGAAACUAUUAUUUUUUUCCCAGUGUUUAAGAUUAUUAAGUCAAGAGAAUAGCAAAAUUUACUUGACGAAAACUUCAUAUUAAUCGUCACUACUGGUCGUAGUUUUUUCUCCAUCUUUAAAGCCUCCAACCAUAUCGAAAUAUCCUGUACGUGAGUUUGCAAACCACGGUAAAAAAAAAAUUACCGGACCACAAACUCCUCUCUCUUGCUACUUUUAUAUAGGAUGUUCCGUUUUUAUUAUUACAAAUUUAAAUAGAUAAUUGAAUAUUCAAUUUUAAUACAUAAGUUUCCUAUAGACAUGUUUCGAGAAAUGCUCUGUGAGGGAGCUACACCUCCUAAAAGGGGGUGCGUUUUUAAAGGAUUUUUUUAAAUAUUUCAGAAUAAAUAAAAUUACAAGAUUUGGUACAGUUGAUAACCUUGAUACACCUAAACGAAUUCCAAGAUGAAAUGUCUAAAUUUUUAAUCAGGGGCCUCCUAAACUGUAAAACGAAUUUAAUUUUUAUGCUGUUUAUGGUCUAUAACAUAAAUUUUAAAACUGAUGA